GCAAUUUCCUACCCCUACUUGUGUCAUUUCUCUUGGUGUUUUGCUCGUUUUCGUGUGUAGGAACAGUCGAGGCGAGUGUGCGCCGGACGAGCGGGCGUCGUGCUCGGAGCUGCCUUGUAGCAUCCCCGGGCUAGCUGACGCCCGGCGGCCGGCCGGCCGGUUGGCGGCUGCUGGCCUUGAUGACACUUCCUUCCCAACAGGCUGGAGGGAGGAUAGCUCCGUGCAAUCAACCAAACGUGGGGAUCCAAGUGAGCUCAAAGCCAUCUUCCAGAAGUAUGCCAGCCAAGCGGACAAAGAUGGUGAGAGGUUCAUGACCUCAGGAGACUUUGUCCAGAAGUACCUGGGCCUGCAAACACAGAUCCACCACAACCCCAAAACCGUGCAACUGCUGGCCGCUGUGGCCGACACCACCAAGGACGGGCUCAUCUCCUUCCAGGAGUUCCUUGCUUUCGAGUCGGUGCUGUGCGCGCCCGACGCUCUCUUCAUAGUUGCCUUCCAGCUCUUUGACAAGACUGGAACUGGAGACAUUUCCUUUGAGAACGUGCGGGACAUUUUCAGCCAGACCACGGUGCACCACCACAUUCCCUUCAACUGGGAGUGUGAGUUUGUCCAUUUGCACUUUGGCCAUGACCGUAAGAAACGCCUCAACUACCUGGAGUUCACCCAGUUCCUGCAGGAGCUGCAGUUGGAACAUGCCCGGCAGGCCUUUGCCCAGAAGGACAAAGGGAAGAAUGGCGUCAUCUCCGCCUUGGACUUCAGUGACAUUAUGGCCACCAUCAGGCACCACAUGCUCACGCCCUUUGUGGAGGAGAACCUUGUCUCGGCAGCAGGAGGCGGCACCUCUCACCUGGUCAGCUUCUCUUACUUCAACGCCUUCAACUCCCUCCUCAACAACAUGGAGCUGAUCCGCAAAAUUUACAGCACGCUAGCCGGUUCCUGGAGUGACACGCUGGUCACCAAAGAGGAGUUUGUUCAUGCUGCCAACAAGUUUGGUCAAAUCACACCAAUGGAAAUUGACAUCUUGUACCAGUUAUCAGGCCUGCACUCUCCGUCAGGGCGCCUGAAUCUUGCCGACAUUGAGAGAAUAGCCCCCCUGGAGGAAGGAAGUCUUCCAUAUAACCUGGCUGAAACCCAAAAGCAGACUCAAGCUCAAGGGGACGGUUCGAGACCCGUGUGGCUCCAAGUUGCCGAAUCUGCUUACAGGUUCACGUUGGGCUCCAUCGCCGGAGCCACGGGCGCCACGGCCGUGUACCCCAUCGACUUGGUGAAGACCCGAAUGCAGAACCAGAGGUCCACGGGCUCUUUUGUCGGGGAGCUGAUGUACAAAAACAGCUUUGACUGCGCCAAGAAGGUGCUUCGCUACGAAGGCUUCUUUGGCUUCUACCGAGGUCUGGUUCCUCAGCUCAUCGGCGUGGCGCCGGAGAAGGCCAUCAAGCUCACCGUGAAUGACUUUGUACGAGACAAGUUCACGGACAAAGACAAUUCCAUCGCUUUCCUGGCCGAAAUCUUGGCCGGCGGCUGCGCCGGAGGCUCCCAGGUGAUCUUUACCAACCCUCUGGAGAUAGUCAAGAUCCGUUUGCAGGUGGCGGGGGAGAUCACCACCGGGCCUCGAGUUAGCGCGCUCAACGUGGUGCGAGACUUGGGCUUCUUUGGCCUCUACAAGGGAGCCAAGGCCUGUUUCCUGAGGGACAUCCCCUUCUCUGCCAUCUAUUUCCCCGCCUACGCCCACCUCAAGUCUUCCAUGGCUGACGAACAAGGAAGGCUCGGACCCUUGCAGCUUCUCACGGCCGGAGCCAUUGCAGGCAUCCCCGCAGCCUCGCUGGUGACGCCGGCCGACGUCAUCAAGACUCGCCUGCAAGUGGCCGCCCGGGCGGGUCAGACCACCUACUCCGGAGUCACCGAUUGCUUCCGGAAGAUCAUGCAGGAGGAGGGCUUCCGAGCUCUCUGGAAGGGAGCGGGAGCUCGUAUGUGCCGGUCCUCUCCCCAAUUUGGUGUGACUUUGGUGACCUAUGAACUCUUGCAGAGGUGGUUCUAUGUUGACUUUGGAGGACAUCGGCCGUCAGGCUCCGAGCCCACGCCCAAGUCUCGCAUCUCGGAGCUCCCCCCCAUCAACGCCGAUCACGUGGGAGGCUACCGCCUGGCCGCCGCCACCUUCGCUGGAGUGGAGAACAAAUUUGGCCUCCACCUGCCCAAGUUCAAGUCCUCUGGCGUGGUGUCCAUCCACCCCCCGGAGCCCGCCGCACGCGCUCAGUCCCCCCCGUAGGGUAGCAUAGAUGUGGUGGCCGUCAUGGAUUCAAGAAGGACCACAGUGUGGCGUUGUCCCACGCCCGCCCGCCCGACCUAGCCAACGGUGGCGUCGCAACCUGCUCACUGUGCAGACUUCAGCACUUUGCUCUUUCUUCAGCGGCUGUUGAUUGGUGAAAUCAAAACAGCCUUACGCAUUAUCAUGAGUAGCUUUGAUUUCUCUUGUUUUGUUUGUUUUCGUCGGUUACUUUUUGCGAAUAGGGCCGGCCAUAGAAAAGGAUUAGCUUGGUAACGGUGUGUUUGUUGUGUGUAGGGUUGCGGCAAAUUUGGAACUUCGAAGGCACUCGUAAGUUAUUUGGGUUUUUCCCCCUCCAAAAUUGAAGUUCCCAAAUUCGAGCCAACAUGAAAUGUUGUAAAUCUCAUGUCCAGUUUCAAAAUGAGGAUGAAUUCUGUACAUAUUGUAAAAGUGAUAUGUUUCGGACGGACGGACGGAUGGACGGCCGGCGUCACGUGCAGUAUGCAUCAUGUAGAAGUGUACAUAGAUAGCAAAAGUAUAAAACUGCUGUUACGAGGCGACCUUGGUGCAUGGAGUGCUUCAUUGUAAUAUCGUGGCAAGAGGCAGGCUUACCGAUGGGUGGCUGUACAGACCUUUGACUUAUUAUCAGACCAUAUGCUUUGAAUUCAGUCAUGUCAUUGAAAUAAAUCAUCCAUGUGGUUUUAUUCGGAGAAGUGGCGCUCUUUUAGCCACAGCAA